AUGGUUAGCGGACUGCAGUCUAAGAAAAAAGGACUAAGUGCAGAGGAAAAGAGAACCCGCAUGAUGGAAAUAUUUUUUGAGACGAAAGAUGUAUUUCAAUUAAAAGACAUGGAGAAGAUUGCUCCCAAAGAAAAAGGCAUUACUGCUAUGUCAGUAAAAGAAGUCCUUCAAAGCUUGGUUGAUGAUGGUAUGGUUGACUGUGAGAGGAUUGGAACAUCUAAUUAUUAUUGGGCUUUUCCAAGUAAAGCUCUUCACGCCAGGAAACGUAAGCUGGAGGUUCUGGAAUCUCAGUUAUCUGAGGUAAACCAAAAGCAUGCAAACCUGCAGAAAAGCAUCGAGAAAGCUAGAAUUGGCCGACAUGAAACGGAAGAGCGAACCUUGCUAGCAAAAGAGCUUUCUUCACUUCGAGACCAAAGGGAACAGCUAAAGGCCGAAGUAGAAAAAUACAAAGAAUGUGACCCGCAAGUUGUGGAAGAAAUACGUCAAGCAAAUGAAGUGGCCAAAGAAGCUGCUAACAGAUGGACUGAUAACAUAUUUGCAAUAAAAUCUUGGGCCAAAAGAAAAUUUGGGCUCGAAGAAAAUAAAAUUGAUAAAACUUUUGGAAUUCCAGAAGACUUUGACUACCUAGAUUAAAAUGUUUGAUGUCAGUGAAGGAGCUAUGUGC